AUGCAGGCCAGUGAUAUCACACUCGAGUCGAUCGACAAGGUCUGCCAGUUUCUGAUGGAAAAGAACCCCCAAGAAGUCUGUGAUAAGAUUUAUGAAAAUUAUGCUACUUUACUCCAAGAUGCUGUUGUCGAGUCUAAGGAACAAGUGUUUGUUAAUCAAAACCCAAGGAGGACUCUCUUAUCGAAGGAAACUAGAGAUGUCUUGGAAUCUGUAUUUGCGAAAAAGAGCAUGCAUGGGCGGUUAAUUUUUUCUUUUUUCUUAUUUUUGUUUUUUUUUUUGAAUUAG